ACUUCACACAAAAAUUGGCUAUCUACAACAUUCUCGCCAUCUUACUACUACUGUUUCUCCCCUUAAAGUCCAGCUCCCAAUCGACGGUGCAGCCCAACACCGACUGUUGAAGUGUAUAAAAUGAAUUGCCCGUCUUUCCCUAUCAGCUUAGGCUUUUAGGUGCAACUGGCUGGUGCAUGCAACUUAAUAUGGUAUCAGAGCCAGAGGUCUCGAGUUCGAAUCCUAGCUGACGCGCAAUUAAAUAAAAUAAUUGUAGCCCACUCUAAUAUUCCACGCUUGAGACUUGAGGGGGUCUCACCUCUUCCUCCCAAGUUUCCACAUAGCCAAACCAAUUCCAGCCUCCAUUUACAGCCUCAAGAACCUGACUUCCAUAGACCUCUCUUACAACAAUCUCACCGGUGAUUUCCCCACUGUGCUAUACGCUUGCUCAGCUUUAGAGUUACUUGACCUAUCCAACAAUCAAUUAUCCGGCAGACUCCCUGACGACAUCGACAAGCUGUCCUCAGAUAUGCAGCAUCUCAACCUGUCCAACAGCAUCGUGCCCAUCUCCGUAAUCGCUGGUGGCGUGGUCAUCUUUGCCGUAGGAUGUGUUGUCGCAUCCUGCAGAUGCAGGGCUCGCAAUGACGACAUGACUCCUAUAGUUUUAAGUGAUAAAAUGGAGGAUCAUCUAGUCCACAACGCUGUGGACGUAAACAGGAUCAGUAGCACAGGCACAACGACAGGAGACCCACUGUACCGUUUGGGGGUUAUUAACGACAGCAGCGACACCUACAGGAGAUUAACUGUGAAGAAGAUGCAGAACGAGACCAGGAGUGUGGACGCCGAACUCGAGAACCGGCGCCAAACGGAGGAGACCACGCUCGGCAUGAUCGUCCACCCCAACAUCAUUAUCCUGUUAGGCUACAUUCGGAGGAACGAAAUGAUCUUGAUUCUGUACGAGGACAUGGAGAACGGCAGCCUGGACAAGUGGAUACACCACAACACGCAGGCCGGCGAGAGGCGCCUGCGCCCGCCGCUGGGCUGGCGAAAGCGGCUGGCCAUCGUCAUUGACGUCGCCGGAGCAAUCCUCUACAUGCAUCACGGUUGUCGAAGGCCGAUCAUUCACGGCGACAUCAAGCCGGCCAACAUCCUACUUGACGGCAACUUCAAGGCCAAGAUCUCUGGCUUCAGUUAUGCCCGGAUCAAUCUUGCCGGCCGCAACACGCUGUUGGGAAACGUCCGUCUUCAUGCAGGGGCCUUCGGGUAUUUUGCUCCAGAGUAUGCGGACACCGAAGUGAGCGAGAAGGUCGACGUGUACAGCUUUGGCGUCGUCCUGCUGGAGAUCGUCACGGGAAAAGUAGUCAACGAUCAGCACGGCCAUCUGACGACAUGGGCAAAAGCCUACUUGAAUACAUGGGCACGGCAAGGCUACGACGAUAAGUUAUUCACCGACGAUGUCCUUGACAACGAUAUCGCCUCUGACGCGGCACGGUACUUGAAGGAGAUGAAGGCCGUGUUCAAGCUCGGCGUGGAGUGCACCAUGAUGGACCCGCAGCGCAGGCCGUCCAUGCAGACUGUUCUUCGACGCCUCCGCCAGUGUGCCCGCUGGUGGAGACGAUUCCCCUGUUUCGUCUGAUCGAUCACUUCCAUAUCAAAUCGUCUUGUUUAUUACCCCUCCGUCUAAAAAAAUCAAUCCUACCUACGAACAUGUACACACGUGUUCACUAGUUGCAUCAUUUUCUUUCUGUUACAAGCAAACAUUCUCGUGCAUUGAGGAGGACGGGUAAAAUGUUCCCCUCCAUGCUUUAGCGUAUUCAGAUUUCUAGUGUCAGCUAAACUAGAUGUUACCUCGUAUGUUGCUGUGAGACUUUGUGUGAACAAAAUAUUAUAUGAUUUGUGAAACGUGAAA